CCUUUCCUCACCGGAAGUUUCACUAGCGCUGCCCCAGUCUAUGUCCGGUUCUGCGCCUUCAUUGCAGCAGCUGCAAAUCUUAAUUCUUCUCGUUUGUUUUAUAUUUUCGGAAUCAAAACGUCUUACACGAUGAGAGGAGACCGCGGAAGAGGCCGGGGAGGGCGCUUCGGAGCCCGCGGAGGCCUGGUCCAGGGGUACCGCCCGUUUGUCCCACACAUCCCGUUUGACUUCUACGUGUGCGAGAUGGCCUUCCCCAGAGUGAAGCCUGCUUCUGAUGAGACGACCUUCAGCGAGUGUCUCCUGAAGAGAAACCAGGACCUGAGCCCCACGCCAGCAGAGCAGUCCUCUAUCUUGUCGUUGGUCACAAAGAUCAACAACGUCAUUGACAACCUUAUUGUUGCUCCUGGAAACUUUGAAGUGCAAAUUGAAGAAGUCCGUCAGGUGGGUUCCUAUAAGAAGGGAACCAUGACUACUGGGCACAAUGUUGCAGACCUUGUAGUCAUCCUGAAGAUCCUCCCAACAUUGGAGGCUGUUGCUGCUCUUGGCAACAAGGUUGUGGAAACUCUCCGCACCCAGGACCCUACUGAAGUUCUGUCCAUGCUGACCAAUGAAACCGGAUUUGAAAUAAGCUCGGCUGAUGCUACAGUUAAGAUUCUCAUCACCACCGUUCCACCCAACCUGCGCAAACUGGAUCCAGAGUUACAUCUGGACAUCCGAGUGCUGCAGAGUGCUCUGGCUGCCAUCCGCCACGCCCGCUGGUUUGAGGAGAACGCUUCUCAGUCGACGGUCAAAGUUCUGAUUCGCCUCCUGAAAGAUCUCCGACUGCGCUUCCCUGGAUUUGAACCCCUCACCCCCUGGAUUAUUGACCUGCUGGGCCACUCCGCAGUGAUGAACAAUCCUUCCAGGCAGCCUUUGUCCCUGAACGUGGCCUACAGGCGCUGCCUGCAGAUGCUGGCUGCCGGGCUUUUCCUGCCUGGCUCUGUGGGCAUCACAGAUCCUUGUGAAAGUGGGAACUUUAGAGUUCACACAGUGAUGACUUUGGAGCAGCAGGACAUGGUUUGUUUCACAGCUCAGACACUGGUCAGGGUGCUCUCCCAUGGAGGAUACAGGAAGAUUCUUGGCCUUGACGGAGACGCCAGCUACCUGGCAACAGAGAUGUCCACAUGGGACGGUGUGAUUGUGACCCCAUCUGAGAAGGCCUACGAGAAACCUCCAGAGAGGAAAGAAGAGGAAGAUGAUGCUCUGGAGGAGGGGGGAGAGGGGGAGGACGAGAGCAUGGAGGCUCAGGAGUGAAGAGGGAGUUUGGAUGAUGUUUCCAUGGUAACCCAGCGUUUGGACCAGAAGCCGUGUUUCCUGGAAGCUUACUCGGAGAGAGCAGCUGGAAUCGACAGUUUUGUGUUUCUACUACAGUGGUUUUUAUUUCCUUUCCCUUUUGUAUUUAGAUUGAUGUAUUUGUUUGUAACAUGUUGAAUGAAAGUAAAAAAUGUCAACAACACUCUG